AUGAUCCAUAACCACCAACAGCAACAACAGCCAAACUUGCCCAUCCCGCACACAUACCUCACCCCCAUCACAUACUCGAAAUGCACCUUGCUCCCGACCAAGAUCAUCUCGCGCGGUGCAUUCAAGGGGUAUCAAGACAUACGCAGGUUCCAAUGCUUCUCAACGCAAUGCAACUUGAAUUUUGAUCUGAAUCAGAGCUGUUCGUAUUGUCGGUACAUUCCGUAUUUUCCAUCGCCUUUGCGAAAUAAGAAGUUGCGGAGGAGGAAUAAUAGCGGGUGGGAAUGGCGCGUUGGCAAGUGCGGCGAGGUUGAUGAUUUUUGUGAGGGAAAUUUCGAGUCUAGGUGGACUACUUUUUAUCGUGAUGAUGCGGUGGUGGAAGGACUAGUUGGAGAGGGCGCCGGGGGAGGCGGAGGCGGCCGAGAAGGGGGAGUAGAGGGAGUAGAGGAAGAAGGAGGGAAGGGGUUUGUGGUGCCACUGCGGAAACAGAUCGAGGAGUUGUCGCCUCCGCUUCUGGUGCUUGAACGGACUUUUGACGAGACUGCGUUUGAGGAAGAGGAAGAGCUAAAGGAAGGUGGAAAUGGAGAGGAGGAUCAGGUGGUUAGGAGCGGCGAUGGCGGAGAGAGUUUGGAUUUUUUGGGCAAAAGUGAGGAUGGUGAUGUGAGGUUGGAAGAGAAGUUGAUCUGUGGGCUGAAGACCACGAGGAAGAUAAGUGGGGGAGGUGAUAGCCAUGGAGGCGAAAGUAAUAGUGACGGCGACAGUGGCGGAAAUGAAGGUAACGAUGUAGGUACAUCACAAAGGAAGUCGCAAUUCUCCCGCGGCAGUCAUCAUCAUCACCAUCACCACCACCAUCAUCACCACGGCUCACAUGGAUCGUCACGUCACGAGAGUAUCGGACACUCGCAAACGAUAUCAUCGCAUUCAGUAUUCGGCAUGGCUAACAAAAGCGAGCUCAAUAACAAAUGGAAUGGCGUAUUGGACCAUUUGAAAUUUGGCGAUUUGCAACUUAAACAGAAAUUCAUCGAGAUCAAGAAUCAAAGUAGGAAACUUACUGCUCGCGCUAUGCAAUUGCAAAACCAAGGUCAUCAACAACACCAAGGACAUCAACAGAGACCUUUUUCUGCUCCUACACCCACAUUGGGACAUGUCUAA